AGUAAAAGUCUUUGAGUAUCCAAAGAUGUAAUGUUAGAGGGUUUUGAAUUGUGAUGUUUGAUACAUUAAGCAGUUGUUUGCAUCGGUGCGAAGUGGGUUUCAUGUGGUGGUGUGAAAGAAGCGGGCUGUGAAGAAGUGCAAAACUUUUUUGUUCAAACCACCGAAAUUCAUUUAGAGACCCAAAAUGGACAAUCCAGUCAAAAGUGAUAAUAUGAUGGAAGUAAAUGGAGUUGGAAGCAAUAGCAGUGAUUACACUACUGAUGAUAGCUCAGAAAGCAUCAGUCCAGAUGAUGGAAGUUCAAGUCAAGACCAAACAACUGAAGAGAUACCCACCACAGCGGAUGAUGUGCAAAAUGAUUCAUACCAUCACAGUAGACGUGAAGAAUCUGUUUUAUUCAGUGAGAUUGAUAAAAUGCGUUUAGCAGACGUUGGUGCAAGUGACACUCCAAAUGGAACUGAUGGUGUUCCAGAUACAGAAGUGGGCAGACAAUGUCAGAAUCACAAUGGGCAAGGCAGAAAUGCCUUCACACAUUUUACAUCUGAGUGGUCAUCCCUGUUGGAUAAAAUAGAGGACUCUGUUGAAAAAGUAUCAAAGAAUUAUGAAGGUUGGAGACCUGAAACUGUUGGGCAGCAAACUGGAAAUAGUUAUUGGCAAUAUCAGACUGAUAACCUUAGUACUCCGGGAACCAGCAAAAGCUCUGUGUCUUUUAUGAGUGAAGAGCAGGCAGAUAAGUGGGCAAGUGCUCCAGAGUUCCAUCCAGCAUUCACAUCAAGGACGGGACGAGUUAAGACAUACGCUGAGGCAGUAGAUCCCUAUGCACCGAGGACACGAACAAAACUUGCUACAGGUGUACAGUUCUGUCCAUAUUAUCAUGUAAACAGAGCUGAGUUGUAUCUUUGCCCAUAUCUGCAUGGUGAACUUUGCCAGAUCUGUCUUAAUACCAUACUAGAUUUUGAGGAUACUGAAGAGAAACGGGAACACAUAAAGGGUUGCCUUGGAGAACAAGAAAAGAGGAUGAAGAUGUCCCUUGCCAUCCAGAAGUCCAAAGGGAUCACUUGCAACAUAUGCCUGGAACCUGUGAAAGAAAAGACUGCAGGAGAAGCUCGUUUUGGUCUAUUACCAAAUUGUAAUCACUGUUUUUGCAUCACGUGUAUACGAAAAUGGAGGCAGGAGACACGAUUUACAAGCCAAAUAACCAGAUCAUGUCCCAUAUGCCGAGUAGAGUCUCCAUUUGUAUGCCCUAGUUCUUUCUGGGUUGAAACUCCUGAGGAGAAAGCAGCAGUGAUAACUAACUACAAAAAAGCACUGAGGGUAAAACCAUGCCGACUGUACAAUUUUGGAAAAGGCAAAUGCCCAUUUGGGGAUAAAUGUUUCUACCUACAUACAUUGCCAGAUGGAACAAAACCAGACCAUCUCGAUUUCAGAAGACCAAAGCGUAUCAAUGCAGAAGGAUUGCCACAUUUUCAGGAUUAUGUUCUUUGGGACUUCAUUGCAAUGAGGGAUGACCCAGAAAAUUACCAGCCAUCAGUGCCCGCACAGUAUCCACAGAGCUUGGAUUCAUCGAGUACAGAAUCUGAUGUUUCAUACUGAAGCAACGCCUUCUACUUUGUGCAGAUACCCAUGAUCUUGCUGUGCAAACAACUGUCCCGAAUUGGGUAUCUACGGAAGUGACGCUGGUGUAUAGGAAGACCUGUGUUGUGAACAGAUCAAACAAAUACUAUAGCAAUAGUGAUGAGUCACAUAGAAAUAUGGUAACAAACUGGAAAGUGGAGGGGAUGUUAUACCAUUUCAUAGUUACGUGGCACUGCUGAUGGUUGCAUACAGUCCGUGAAAGCUGGGACAUUGAUGGGACACGUGUUGACUGUGAUCUGUGUCAGUACAUGCACCUGUGCUGUGCUAAUACCUCAUAUAUUUUUCAUCCAAUUAUAUUAAUUUAAAAUGUUUGAAUUAAUGUCUUUGUCAUGUCCACUGCAAUGUAAUAAAAUAUGUAACUCA